UGAUUUAACUGGAAUCUGCAUGACAUUCUUGUCUGAUGAUAUUUCUCCAAGAGUUUGUAACUUUGUCUUAAACAACCCAUAAAGAAGAAGAAUAAACCAGAAAAAACCACACACACACACACACACACACAUACAUAUCCAGAUAGAGCCUACAGCUAAUCGGAUUGUGCUGACUAAUCAAUAACUCCUCCCAUCAACGGAGGUCAAGUCCACACCAAACUCUUUGUUCCCGAGACGCCGCCGCUGCCGCUUGCGUCGCUGGUGCAAGUGCGAGAACAAGAGGAUGGCUGUGAAACCAUCAAUAUCAGAUCCGGAGGCCGGAACUCAUGCCGUGUCUGUCGUCGGUGACGAGGGUGGCCCUGGCGUCACCGUGCCGCUCCUCCGCCCAUACGGGCAUGAGAUCCAGUACAGGAAGCAGCGGCAAGAGUCUCCGCAGGCUGGUGCUACCUUUGUCAGGACUUGUUUCAAUGGACUCAAUGCCUUAUCAGGCGUUGGGAUAGUAUCGAUUCCGUAUGCGCUCUCGAGUGGCGGAUGGUUGAGCCUCGUCGUUCUCUUCAUGCUGGCAGCCAUCUGCUGCUACACCGGACUACUCCUGCAGCGCUGCAUGCAGAGGAGCCCAGACAUCAAAACCUACCCAGACAUCGGGGAGUUUGCAUUUGGCCACAAGGGAAGGGUAGCCGUCUCCGUCUUCAUGUACCUCGAGCUCUACCUCGUCGCUAUCGGAUUCCUUAUACUGCAAGGGGACAACUUAGAAAACCUGUUCCCCGGCGCCAGUAUCCGGAUCGCAAUGCUUAACAUAGCAGCGAAGCAGCUGUUCGUCAUCCUCGCCGCGCUCGUCGUCCUGCCGACCACAUGGAUGCGGAGUAUGGGGCUGCUCGCUUAUGUUUCUGCCGGCGGAGUGCUGGUUUCCGUCAUCAUGGUUUGCUCUGUGCUUUCAGCUGCCACGGUCGAGGUUGGCUUCCAUGAAAGGGGCAGACUUGUGAACUUGAGUGGAUUGCCAACUGCGUUAGGUUUGUAUGCCUUCUGCUACUGUGGUCAUGCAGUGUUCCCCACCUUAUGCACCUCGAUGAAAGACUCCACCAAAUUCUCUAAGGUACUGAUCGUCUGCUUUGUUCUCUGCACUAUCAAUUACGGAUCAAUGGCGAUCAUUGGAUACCUCAUGUAUGGCGACAACCUGAAAUCCCAAGUGACGUUGAAUCUCCCCAUCGGAAACAUAAGCUCAAAGAUUGCGAUAUACACGACCGUGGUGAAUCCUCUCACGAAAUAUGCACUGAUGGUUACACCCAUCGCAAACGCCAUUGAAGAAAGAUUGGCAGAAUACCACAAAAGCUUGGAACCGUGCCUUACGAGAACACUCCUAAUGCUCAGCAUGGUUACCGUAGCUUUAGCGAUUCCGUUCUUUGGAUACCUCAUGGCAUUCAUUGGAUCAUUGCUGGGUGUGGUUGUCUCCAUUUUGCUCCCAUGUCUCUGCUACCUCAAGAUCUUCAAACCCCACUGCAUUCAUGUGGUGGAGCUGGUGAUUAUUUUCUGUAUUCUGAUGAUGGGGUGCGUGAUGGCAGUCACAGGUACUUACACGUCUUUGAGAGAGAUCUAUCACAAACUAUGAAGAGGCUGUAAGGUGUGAUCAGCCUUAUAAGAGAAAAUUUGUUUUGACUGGUGAAAGGUUAAGCUAUCUCAUAGCAUCAUUGCAGUA